CUCUCUCCCCUCAGCGGCGGCGCCAUCAUGGCGGCCGUGUCGGUGUUCCCGUCCCCGCGCGAGCUCGGCGCGGCCCUGGCGCGCUCGGUGGUGGAGGCGGCGGCCGAGGCGGUGGCGAGCGGCGGCCGCUUCACGCUGGGGCUGUCCGGGGGCUCGCUUGUGCCGCUGCUGGCGCGGGAGCUGCCGCCCGCCCUCAGCGCGGCUCCCGGCGCCGACCCCUCGCGCUGGCUCGUGGCGUUCUGCGACGAGCGCCUGGUGCCGCCCGAGCACCCCGAGAGCACCGGCGGCGCCUACCGGUCCCAGCUGCUGGCCCAGUUUGCCCCCCCCGGCCCCCAGGUGCUCUGGGUCAACCCUGGGCUGGGCCCGGCCGAGGCCGCCCGGGACUACGAGGAGCAGCUGAGGAGGGCGUUCCCGGGCGAGGCCACGCCCCAGUUUGACCUGCUGCUGCUGGGGGUGGGGCCGGACGGGCACACCUGCUCGCUGUUCCCGGGCCACGCCCUGCUCCAGGAGCAGCAUUCCCUGGUUUCCUUCCUGCUGGACUCUCCCAAGGCCCCUCCCCAGCGGGUGACGAUGACGCUGCCGCUGCUCAACGCGGCCAAGGCCCUGCUGCUCGUGGCCACCGGCGCCGCCAAGGCCCCCGUCAUCAAGCGCGUUCUGGAGCAGCGCUCGGAGGCGUCGCCGUCGCUGCCGGCGGCGCGGCUGCGCCCGCGCUCGGGCCGGCUCCGCUGGCUCCUGGACCGGGAGGCGGCCGGGGAGCUGCAGAGCCCCGGGAACAGCGGCCACGAGGACACGGAGGAAUCCACGGAAAAACGGGAACAGCGGCUCUGACACGGAGGAAUCCACGGAAAAAAACGGGAAUAGCGGCUUUGAAACGGAGAAAUCUGUGGAAAAAUGGGAAAAAAUGUCUUUAAAAUUGAGAAAUUUCAUGGAAAAAAUGGGAAAAAAAUGUCUUUAAAAUCGAGAAAUUUCAUGGAAAACUGGGAACAGCGGCCCUGACACGGAGAAAUCCACGGAAAACCGGGAAUAGCGGCCCUGACACGGAGAAAUCCAUGGGAAAAUGGGAACAGCGACCCUGACACGGAGAAAUCCACGGAAAACGGAGAACAGCGGCCCUGACACGGAGGAAUCCACAGGAAAAUGGGAAGAGCGGCUUUGAAACGGAGAAAUCCGUGGAAAAAUGGGAAAAAAUGUCUUUAAAAUGGAGAAAUUUCAUGGAAAAAUGGGAAAAAAUGUCUUUAAAAUCGAGAAAUUUCAUGGAAAACCGGGGAACAGCGGCCCUGACACGGAGGAACCCACGGAAAAAAACGGGAACAGCGGCCCUGACACGGAGGAAUCCACGGAAAAACGGGAACAGCGGCUUUGAAACGGUGAAAUCCACGGAAAAAAUGGGAAAAAAUGUCUUUAAAAUUGAGAAAUUUCAUGGAAAAAUGGAAAAAAUGUCUUUAAAAUCGAGAAAUUUCAUGGAAAACCGGGAACAGCGGCCCUGACACGGAGGAAUCCACGGAAAACCGGGAAUAGCGACCCUGACACGGAGAAAUCCACGGGAAACUGGGAAUAGCGGCCCUGACAUGGAGGAAUCCACGGAAAAACGGGAACAGCGGCUUUGAAACGGAGAAAUCCGUGGAAAAAUGGGAAAAAAUGUCUCUAAAAUCGAGAAAUUCCAUGGAAAACCAGGAACAGCGACCCUGACACGGAGAAAUCCAUGGAAAACCGGGAAUAGCGGCCACGAGGACACGGAGGAAUCCACGGAAAACCGGGAAUAGCGGCCCUGACACGGAGAAAUCCACGGGAAACCGGGAAUAGCGACCCUGACACGGGAAUUCCACGGAAAAAUGGGAAUAGCGGCUUUGAAACGGAGAAAUCCACAGGAAACUGGGAACAGCGGCCCUGACAUGGAGGAAUCCACGGGAAAAUGGGAAUAGCGGCUUUGAAACGGAGAAAUCCGUGGAAAAAUGGGAAAAAAUGUCUUUAAAAUUGAGAAAUUCCAUGGAAAACCGGGAAUAGCGGCUUUGAAACGGAGAAAAUACACGGAAAACCGGGAAUAGCGGCUUUGAAAUGGAGAAAUCCGUGGAAAAAUGGGAAAAAAUGUCUUUAAAAUCGAGAAAUUUCAUGGAAAACCAGGAACAGGGGCCCUGACACGGAGGAAUCCACGGAAAAACGGGAACAGCGACCCUGACACGGAGAAUUCCAUGGAGAACUGGGAAAAAAAAGUCUUUAAAAUCAAGAAAUUUCAUGGAAAACCCGGAACAGCAGCCCUGAAACGGAGAAAUCCAUGGAAAAAUGGGAACAGCGGCUUUGAAACAGAGAAAUCUGUGGAAAAAUGGGAGAAAAAUGUCUUUAAAAUGGAGAAAUUCCAUGGAAAAAUGGGAAAAAAUGUCUUUAAAAUGGAGAAAUUCCAUGGAAAAAUGGGAAAAAAUGUCUUUAAAAUUGAGAAAUUCCAUGGAAAACUGGGAAAAAAAUGUCUUUAAAAUGGAGAAAUUCCGUGGAAACAUGGGAGAAAAAUGUCUUUAAAAUGGAGAAAUUUCAUGGAAAACCGGGAACAGCGGCCCUGAAACAGGAAUUCCAUGGAAAACCAGGAACAGCAGCUUUGAAACUGAGAAAUCCAUGGAAAAAUGGGAAAAAAAAGUCUUUAAAAUGGAGAAAUUUCAUGGAAAACCGGGAAUAGCGGCUUUGAAACGGAGAAUUCCGUGGAAAAAUGGGGAAAAAAUGUCUUUAAAAUUGAGAAAUUCCAUGGAAAAGUGGGAAAAAAUGUCUUUAAAAUUGAGAAAUUCCAUGGAAAACCGGGAACAGCGGCCCUGACACGGGAAUUCCGUGGAAAAAUGGGAAAAAAAAUCUUUAGAAUGGACAAAUUCCAUGGAAAAAAUGGGAAAAAAAUCUUUAAAAUGGAGAAAUUCCAUGGAAAAAAGGGAAACACGGCCUUGAAACGGGGAAUUCCAUGGAAAAAUGGGAAAAAAUGUCUUUAAAAUUGAGAAAUUCCAUGGAAAAAUGGGAAAAAAUGUCUUUAAAAUCGAGAAAUUCCCUGGAUUUUUUGGGAUUCUGGACUGGAUUUUUUGGGAUUCUGGACUGGAUUUUUUGGGAUUUUGGACUGGAUUUUUGGGGAUUCUGGACUGGAUUUUUUGGGAUUCUGGACUGGAUUUUUUGGGAGUUGGAGCCGCUUUGGCUGAGCUGGAAAUCCUCGAAAUUCCGUGAAAAAAAAAGGAAAAAAAAGAAAAAAAAAAUCAGAGAAAUCAAAAAUCUCUGGGAUGGGGAGCGGGGCUGGGAAUCCCAGCAGGAACUGGGAUGAACUGGGAGAGGAAAAUGGGCCCAAAAAUCCGGAUUUGGGCGUUUUGGGAGCUUUUAUUUUGAUUUUUUUGGGGAAUAAACGGAGCUUUGGAUGA